AUGGUGGCCCAGGCCGCCGUGGGUGAGCAUGUGACCAGCGAGCCCCCGACAGUACCCAGCCUGGCGAUCAGUCCCCGAGCACGUGACAGCACCAGCCUGAUAUUUUCUGUCUUUCUGAUCCUAGCCAUUCUGCCUACGGGAGCGCAGAGCGCAUCGCAGGCUGUCCACUUCGUCCAGAGGGCUCCGCGCCUUCCCUGCUUUGACCCCCAUGACAUGACUGCUCCUGAGGCGCUGGGGUUCAGCAUCUUCCCUUGUAUGGAGGAGAAGCCAGAGGCUUGGAAAGCCUCAGCUGGCCACCGCUCAGCCUCCCUGGCAGACCCCAGGCAAGACAUCGCCCCUGCCCUGCCCGAGAUCUCAACCCCGCCCCUGGGACCAUGCCACAGCUGCAAUCUGCCGGGUGCAGUGCACAAUGACCUUGCACGGCCUCCUGCUGGAACGUCGCAAGAACCGAGUCCCUUCUCGGUGCCGGUGUGCGAGAUAAGCGUGCAGCUAGCACCAUCAUCAGUGCACCGUCAUCACAGUCACAGUGGCAGCAGAAGCCAGCAGGGGAGGCUGGCGCCCUGGGGGAAGAAGGCUCUAACCCAGGUGCUGGGCCACCAGCCUGCAACAGGCACUCAGGCUGGGCAGGUCUGUAACUCAGCCUGCUCCUCCCUGGCUCCCCUGCCCACUCCAGCCGCGGCACAGGCUGCUGUCCCUGCAGGAAGGACAGGGCUGGGCUCACGGACGCGCUUGGAGGGCUUGGUUGAGCCGAUUCGCAUAUGCACAGCCCAGCCCUCUGCCGCCUACAGCUCCACAGCGUCGCAGAGCUGCAGAGGGAACAGCCAGCGCCACGACCCCUCUUACAAUACCCCGUCUCCCGAAAGAAAGCGCCUGCCCUGUGGAGUCACCUCCCCCGUCCUGAGGAACUGCGCGUUCAUUUUCGUCCCUUCUUGCUCCACUAGUGUUUUCCUUCUUCCCCAGGAAAAGCCGCGCUCUCGGUCGUAUCUCUGCAUGGACGCAGGUCUACAGUUCGUAGCAAAUGACCUCGGAAAGGCCAAAGCCUCGCCUCUCCAGGAAGCCAACCUGGAACCGGAGCCCAAGCUUCAGGAGUCGUCCUUCUUCCCCCAGACUGAGCUCGGAGGCAGGACCCGGUGUUCACAGCUGGUCCGGUUCGCUCUUUGUUCCCCAUCACGGUGGUUUUAUGACUCAUCUGAAAUAGCCCUGGAUUCGCUGCUCACUGGUCUCUGUCUGCAACCAAGUUGGCGUCUAUGUUCCACCUCGCUUAGGUUUAUUUUUGAAUAUACGGAAUAUUAAUAUGCCCCCUGAAGUACAGAGGUGUGUGGGAAGUCGAGGUCGUGUGGUCCCUGGCUGGUCCUCCCUCACCCAUGCCCUUUGCACUCCUUCUGGGUAACCGAGUUCUUUGUUUUCUUGUAUGUACUUCCUGCCUUUCUUUUCUUCUGUAAAAAUAGUGAAUCUAUGCAUUUUCUUCCAUUUUUUCCUAUAAAAGGUAGGGUACCACAGACA